AUGACACCACACGUCUACUCGUCAAUUCUUUUAAUUCUAUUGCUUCUACAGUAUGCAGUAAUCGUCGUGGACACCUCGAAUCUUCUAAACGCGUAUUUCAAGGCGAGGAAUGCUCAUGAAAUCGUCGCCAAUAAUUUGUUGUCCUCAAAUGGGCGUAAUAUUGUUGAGGAUUAUGAUCAUACGGAGGCGAGGGAGCCGGGUGUGCCCUAUCAAAAAGCACAAUCAACGCUCUUAUCAACACAACGAAAAUGCUCGAAAUUCUUCCAGGGCCGCUUCGUCAACCUCAAACAUCCGACCGAUUCGACAGAAGUCGUCGCCAUGUUCCCAUAUCACGGAUUUUUUCACGCUUCAAAAGCGCUGCACGAAGUGAAACGCGGCGGACAUCCAAUGGUUGUCGGAUGA